AUGCUAUUCCCCAUCGUCUGCGCCGCUCCGCUGAGCAAAGAACUUAUGAACCAUUUUAUAUCCGUCAGCGGGAUCGAUACGACCGAUACUGCAGAUUUUGUUUUCAUCGAUAACAUGUCUACCCACUACUCCAACCCCUCAACUUUCCCCGUCAGCGCUGAUAGCAACCCUUGUUCGCCAUUUAUGGGUAAAUCGCCCACUGAGAUCUGGGAGAUGCUGGUGAAACUUUGCAAAGACACUGGGUCAGAGAUUAUGGUUUGGUAUGUUAUUGUGUUGGACGAGAGGAGUGAGAGGGAUGGGACUGUGUUGCUGGUUACGGAUGUUGGCGAUGUGGGAGAGGAAGAUGGAGGUGGAGAUGGAGAUGGAGAUGGAGAUGGAGAGGAAGAGGGAGAAGAAGAAGAUGGAGGUGGAAGAAGGAUUCAGACAGUUCGAGCAACGUUUGAGGUUGCUGCUGAGGAAGUCGUGUUGUUUCAUACGGGACACAGGGGUAUUGAGGAGGAUCAGUGGAAGGCGGAAAAAGAUAAAGAUGGUGUGUUUCGAGGUUGA